AAAUCCCAUCCCAAACUGAAUUCCCUUGUCAGUAUCAGCUUUCAUACCAAUCAAUCAAUCAAUUAUACUGCGAAGCGUUGUAUGUGGGUGGUUAGGCAAGUAAUUAAUUGUUUUGUAAAUUUGCAUGUUUUCAUAUGGUAUAGUAUGGGGCAUCAUAUACAACUGUUCAUAAUCAUUUGCAUCAUAUUGUUGAGUGCCAGUUUCGAAUCAUUAAAAGAGCUAUCAUGUUGACCAGCUCUAUAAGAAAAUGGCAUGUUGCAAGUCUAACAUGUUGAUAAGGAUGAGAUGUGCAUUUGGCUAAUAAUGAAAUACUGAAUAGAUGCAAAUUGGAAAUGCGACUUCACAACAAUAAUAACAAAAAUUGAGAUUUUUUUAAAUGAAAAUCUAAAGUGCAGACAUUGAAAAUUUCACAGAGGUGUUAUGACAGUAGGAUACAGUACCCUGAUUUUAAUAACUGGCUAAAAUUCUGUCUGCACUUAAAAUUUUUUAUAUAAAAUCUUCAAUAAAAGGAAGUGUUGCUGAUGUGGCAAGAUUUACAAUAAUGGAUAUAAGUUUCAUUUACCAAGUUUUCUCAAGCAAAUACAUUGAAGCCUGAACCAUCUAACCAAGAAAUUCAGAAGUAUAAACUGUUUAUAAAGAAUAAAAUCAUCUUGCGAAAUUUGAAACCAUUUUGGAAGAGUACAGGACUGUGCCCUCCAGAUCCACAUGAAGAAUCCUAUAACUUUCUGUUAUCGCCUGAUAUGAAGUUAAAUAUCUUCCACAUUGGUUCUCUACCACAUAAUGGAAUCUCUCAAGUUAGAAUACAUUGGAUGUUGGACUUAGUACAAAUGAGAGUUUCUGAUUUCAAAGUUGAAUAUGACUUCAAUCGUCUUGAUAAACUUUUAUAUUUAUUAUGGGAAAAUGAUUUGCAACCUGGCUUUGAGUUGAUGGGAAACCCUUCAAAUUUUUUCACUGACUUUGAAAACGAAACACAAGUAUAUUUAUGGAAAGAUUUAAUAAACAAGAUGGCUAUUCAUUACAUAGAUAUGUUUGGCAUUGAUUAUGUGAUGAAGUGGAACUUUGAAACAUGGAAUGAACCUGAUCAUCACGAUUUUGAUAAACUAAACUUCACAAUACAAGGUUUCUUAAAUUAUUACGAUGCUUGCUCAGAAGGUUUAUAUAGUGCUGACAAACGCCUUCGUUUUGGAGGGCCAGGUGGAUCUUGUCGAAUCCCAAAUAAAGGUCAUUCUCCAAUAUGUUGGGCUUUAUUACAUCAUUGUUCUCAUGGUAAAAACUAUUUCACGGGGAAGAAGGAUGUUAGAUUAGAUUUUAUUUCUUUUCAUAAAAAGGGUAAUGGUAGCUCAAAUCUUAUCAUCAAUGAAGAAGUCGAAACAAUACAAUAUAUUUUGUCUAACUUUCCAUCUUAUAUCAACAUACCAUUUUACAAUGAUGAAGCUGAUCCUUUGAAAAAUUGGUCCCUUCCUGAAUGGUGGAGAGCUGAUUCUACCUAUGCAGCCAUGGUGAUUAAGAUCAUACUGAAUCAUAUAUAUUUUUACUAUGUGGAAAAGGGAUCAGAAUUAGUCAACGAUGUUAAGUUCAAUCUUUUAAGCAAUGACAAUGCUUUCCUGAGCUACUUUCCUAAUCAGUUUACUGAAAGAACAUUGUUAGCGAGAUUUCAACUCAAUAAUACUUAUCCAAAAUAUGUAGAAUUUAUUAGAAAACCUAUUUAUGCUGCAUUUGGACUUCUAAGCAAAAUAUGCCCUGAUAUUUUAUCUAUUAGUUUGACUAAUGGUGGUGGAAACGUUCUUAAUAACUGGGGAGGCAAUGUUGGUGCCAUAGCAACGCAUUGUGCUGCUCAGGGAGAAAUCACUAUAUUUUUGUAUAAUUCUGCUGAUACUUAUAAGAAUGGCUCAGUAGCUGAUGUGGAUAUUUACUUGAAUAUUUCUUACCUUAAAGGAAAUACAUCUGCUAGAUGGGCUAUCCAUGAAAUAAAUAAUAGGAAAUCAAAUCCAUAUAUAGUGUGGGAAAACAUUGGAAUGCCUUCUUAUCCUUCUGUUCAAGACUUUUCACUUAUGAAAAGCAAAGAGGAACCAUAUAUGAGGGGACCAUGGUACUUUACUGAUUCCACAUUAUGGAAAUAUAAACUUAAUGUAUUAAAUCCUGGAAUUACUUUGAUACACAUAUGUGAAAGACCUCAGAAGCUGUACAAGGUAAAAAAUAUGCGUUUUUUGCAAAUAUGGAAAAAAACUUUACAGAUAUCAUGGACUGAUUUGUAUAAUAGAUGUCUAUCCUCAUAUAUUGUUUUGUAUAGUUUUGAUCUGCAUGGCUCAUAUCAUCAAUUGAAUAAAAAAAGAUUGUUGUUUCCUUCCUACUGGCAUGCAUGCCUUAAUGAAAAAAGGAACUGCAGUAUUAAAGGAUUUUACAAAGUUUUGUCAGUUGAUUACUGGGGUAGACGUGGACCUACUUCGGAAAUCUUUCAUUUUAAAGGAUGAAUAAUAAAUGUAUAUUCUUUAUUAA